AUGUCUACACGUUACAAUGUCACACUCGACACAGGUACUCCUGCCGAUGGAGCAGACAACCGGGGUUUCGACCAGGUUACUGCUCUGUCCCAGGGUGUCAUCAACGCGAGCUUUCAACAACUUUUCAAGUCCGUUGAAGGAGUGAACGAGAUCGCCUAUGUGUCUCGUCUGCAAGGUCGAUUUGAAGCCGUGAUUGAUGCACCAUCUAUCAUGAUCAACGGCGCCACGACAAAUGCCACUGAAAUCAUGUACAUCUUUCGAAUCAAGAGCGGCAAGUUCCUUUUCAUCGAUGGCGUUGAGCGCAAGAUCUACGACUGGGCUCUUGCUAUACCAACCAAGGUCAAUGAGGUAUCUUAUGAAGAAACGGCUGGAGAUACCCCAGAGGCCGCCCGUCGCAAGAAACGUUGGAGAAAGGAGUUGCAGGAUAAAUACCCUGGCUUCGUUCCUGGCGACUAUUCCGUUCAGCGCAUCUUCUGUGCUCUUGGCAGUGCCGGAUGGUACAAGCCUGAUGAAGACUCUAGUACCGUGUGGGAUCCAGUUGCUCAGCAGACCAUAUCUUACAAGAGAAGUAAGUUGUUCCAGAUCGCGCGGCUCUUAGGAGACUGGAGAGCUAACAUCUGGCCCGUCCACAUUUUCAAUCAGGUCUACCCUUACCUGACAAGCGACCAAGACCGAGGCACCAUGAGCCUUGGACGGUACACGGAUGAUUACAUUAAUCCCAGCAAUCCAUAUGGAAAGCUCACACCUGGUGAUUACAACUGCCUCUUAUACUGCGAGCAAGUCGAUCGCCCAACAGGCAAGAAGACGACCAUAUUUGAGAACGGCCGCUCCAAGAUCGUGGAUGAGGUCGCCGCCCGAAAUCUGCCGAAGAACCUCAAGCUAGGCCAUAGCGGGAACCUGGCCGAGCCUGGCAUCGUCGGCUCCUAUGUUAUCCACCAUCGCAUCUUCCUCCUUGAUUUCCUUCUGCCGCAGCUUCAAGAGCUAUGCAUGGCUACCUUUGUUCAAGUCGGGAAGCCUGAUAGGCGCUGGGAUACCUCGACUAACUGGCCCAACUUCUGGUCGAAUCGUUCCAUUGGGUGUGAACUCGAAGGCCAGCCUGCGAGAGAAGCCAGUGACUCUAUCUUCAAGUUUGAACAUAAGUCUGAUUCCAAAGGAGAUUAUUAUAUGUGGUUCAAGAAGAGCGAGGCGAACGGCCUAAAAGACAUCCACACUUACAAGUAUCCAGAUUCAGACAGGAUUUGCAUGUACAACAACUACAACAUGUGGGCUGACUCGAGCGUCGAAGUCCGUUGGGUGGCAGGCAGCGAUCGGCUAGAGGUUACAGGAAAGGUAUAUCAUGAGACCUACAUUGCAUACUCAUACCUACCUGAAGUCACAACCGACCUUCAAAGAAAGCACACCAAGUACACAGCCAGCUGGUCAUUUCAAAUAGUGCUCAAGACAGUUGAAAGAACCGUCAAGGUAGACGACAAAGAGGUCAAGUUCAUGGCCUUGGAGGCAGUGAUUGAGGGUAUCAACAAGUCCACAAACGUGCCCCUCAACACCUCAGUCGACUGCAUAUCGGUCCUGGAUGAGACACCAGAACGCGGCUCAAAACAAUGGAUGCUUGACAAGCUCAGUAAGAUGAUCUCCACUGGCAUAGGUAUCGUCUCUGCCAAUUUGGAAAAGCGCUUUCGCAACUCGGGCAAGUAUAACUAUCCAGGUUAUGGCGAGCUCGAGUUCACGGAUCCCAAGUUCACGUCUGUUGGUAACAUUAUCACCAAAGUCAACUUCAAACCGCCGUCCCAUUCUGACGGGAAAAUGUAUUUCCCAGCCGUUGACCCCAAGGACCAUGUCUUGGUUCCGCCUUCCAAGCCAGAUCCCGAUACCUCCACAUUCCAGGAAGGCCUCAAGCACACUGGUGAGCUGUCUCUUGACUGGCACCAGACUCUCAACUACAACAAGGAUACGGGCAUUGGACGUCUGACUUUCACUGUCUCCAACCGAAAUAAGUUGAAGAAGGAUUUGGCCUAUGGGUUUAUCCGUAUCAGUCUCGAGUACACGCCAAACAAGCUUGUUGACGGCCGGGUGAAGGAUGCUACACUCUUCGGCCCUGAUGAUUGGGAAAAAGAGCAGAAAGCCGUGGUGCCAGAGCCGGAUGGGAAAAAGGACACAGUGCCUGAUCCGGUCGGCGAGGUUCCUAAGGAGACCACAAAGACCGAAACUAUCAGCAGCCAGCCUGAUCAAGAUGCCGAUGUGCCGAGUGGUCCAGUCCAGAGCCCUCCUGGUAUACUUCCAAAGCCACCACAGAAGCCAACUCGACAAGUCCCUGCCACGGGUGAUAGGAAGCCCAAAGGAAACGUGUACGCUUUUGAGCGUCGCUGGGUUGUUGAUCCAGAGCAAUAUGAGGAUGUCGAUGGGGCCACCAUGGACCUAGAACCAACUAUCUCCGUCAACCCUCUGACAAAGGCAAUCGACAUCACAUUCGAGCCUAUAGCCAAUCUCACCCCUGAAGAAGAAGAAGAAGAGUAUACGCCAUCACCCGAAGGUUUUGUCAUCCCAUAUAACCAGACUUUUACGCUCGACCUACAGGGUAGAAUCGAGCCGGGUGAGUAUGCUAUUCAGAUUUACGAAUCUUGGAAAAAGAUUGAUAAGUAUAAGCUAUCAGAGGGUAGCUUUGCGAUUGACUGGAAGAUGGCUAGUCUUCGAGAGGUAUCUCCUCGCAAGUUCAAGACGGACGUAUGGGAUGUUUCAGACCGUAUUGCAGAGGAAGAGGCGGCUAAGAAGAAGGAUACACAGUCGUAA